CUGCCCAUCCGGUUUUCCCAUCCACUUCACCACUACAUAAACCCGUCUUGACUGCUCUGAUUCUGUCAGCACCUACUCUGUAGCCGUCAGGACUUGUAUCGCCGUGAAAACAUCGUACGCUGGAGUGUUUCAUCUCGCAUUUUGCUCGCCAUGGAAAGCAGGACUGACAUCGGACAACGCGGGGAUUGGACUGCGAACGGACCGGGCGUUUUCAUCGGUUGCCUGUACUGGAAUGUAGAGAGCGGGCAAACACUCGUUCCGAUCCAGCUUCGUCAGGCUGAUGUUAAACUACAAAGACCGCAAGUAACAAGCACGAAGGCUGAGACACCUUACCAGUGUGGGAACUGCAACAGACAGUUCACUUACCUAUGUCAACUAAAAAGUCACAUGCGGACGCACACAGGAGAGAAACCUUAUCACUGUGGUGAGUGCAACAGACAGUUCAGUCAACUGUGUUCUCUGAAGGCACACAUGAGGACUCACACGGGUGAGAAACCCUACAGAUGUGAGGAGUGCGGCAGGCGGUUCAGUCAGCAGAGCUCUCUGCAAAAGCACAUGUUUGUACAUACCGGAGAGAAACCGUUUAAGUGUGGGGUGUGCAACAUGCAGUUCAGUCGGCAGGGGAAUCUGAAGACACACAUGCAAAUUCACCUGGGACUGAAACCGUUUAGGUGUGAUGUGUGCAACACGCGGUUCUCUCGGCUCUGUUCUCUGAAUAAACACGUGGCGCGGUUUCACACAAAAAGUUAGUAGGGCACAAUAGCAAUAUGGUAAAUGCAGAAGGGACACAACGAAACAAAUACACAAUGUUUAGCCACACGCGAUCUAGCCUAACAAACUUACUCUCGUCUCUUCUACAUUUUGGAAUCUAACACCACAGCUAAAGUAACUCACAUUGUGCACUUCCAUGAAGGUUAACACAAUACAUUCUCCCAACAGAAGUACGGAAAAGAGGCACAAUCUCGGUAAAGAGAAGUAAUUUAGGAAACAGUGCUAUAAUCCAAUUGCUACUUCUAAUAUGCAGAUUGUUAUUGUCAUGUGCACGUUGUAGGUAGAUUUAGAUGUCUUUCUGUUGACUUCCCGUAUAUAUGUUGUUAGUUCACAUUGAUAGACAUCAAUGGCAGGUACUAGCAAUGCAUUUAUAUCUUAAUUCAGGUUACUUCCAACUCUAGUAUAUGUCUUCGUUGGGAGGUGUUUGUAAUGAGUUCAUGUGUUGCUCACUUUUGCAUGUGUUGAAUAAAAUGUGAAUUUAU